UGGCGCUCUCCAGUCGCGUUCCCCGGGAGCCCCGCAAGCCCCUCCCACUCCCAGCGUUCAGUGCGCUGCCCUGGCCGCCAUUGUUUAAAUUUGAAAACCGAGAGGUCUCUGUGCUGCUUGGCCGCGGUUGGCCGGUUGACGCUGCAGAAUGGAACCUAGUUUGAAUCAAGAUGGAGUACCUAGACCUUCGUAUGUUUUUAGUGCUGACCCAGUUGCAAGGCCUUCAGAAAUCAAUUUCGAUGGCAUUAAACUUGAUCUCUCUCGUGAAUUUUCCUUGGUUGCUUCAAACCCUGAGGCCAACAGUUUGGGAUCUAAAGAUUACCUCCAAGUUUGUCUUCGAAUAAGACCAUUCACACAGUCAGAAAAAGAACACGAGUCUGAGGGCUGUGUGCAUGUUCUGGAUUCACACUCUGUUCUGCUGAAAGACCCUCAAAGCAUCCUUGGACGGCUAAGUGAGAAGAGCUCUGGGCAGAUGGCACAGAAAUUUAGUUUCUCUAAGGUUUUUGGACCUGAAACGUCACAGAAAGAAUUCUUUCGGGGUUGCAUUAUGCAGUCAGUAAAAGACCUCUUGAAAGGACACAGUCGGCUGAUCUUUACAUAUGGCUUGACCAAUUCAGGAAAAACAUAUACAUUUCAAGGUACGGAAGAAAAUAUUGGCAUUCUGCCUAGAACUUUGAAUGUCCUAUUUGAUAGUCUUCAGGAAAGACUAUACACCAAGAUGAACUUUAAGCCACAUAGAUGUAGAGAAUAUGUACGGUUGUCAUCAGAGCAAGAAAAAGAAGAAGGCGCUAGCAAAAGUGUACUACUGCGACAAAUUAAAGAGGUUACUAUUCAUAAUGACAGUUAUGAUAUUCUUUGUGGAAGUUUAACAAACUCUUUGACCAUCCCAGAGUUUGAAGAAUCCAUGAAACGUUGUGAACAAGCUAACUUGAAUAUGGACAAUAAUAUAAAAUUUUCUGUGUGGGUUUCUUUCUUUGAGAUUUACAAUGAAUGUAUUUAUGACUUGUUUGUUCCUCUGUCGUCUAAGCUCCAAAAGAGAAAGAUGCUGCGCCUUUCCCAAGAUAUAAAGGGCUAUUCUUUCAUAAAAGAUCUACAAUGGAUUCAAGUAUCUGAUUCCAAAGAAGCAUAUAGACUUUUAAAACUUGGAGUAAAGCACCAGAGUGUUGCCUUCACAAAACUGAACAACGCUUCUAGUAGAAGUCACAGCAUAUUCACUAUUAGAAUCUUACAGAUCGAAGAUUCUGAAAUGCCUCGUGUAGUUAGAGUCAGUGAAUUAUCUUUAUGUGAUCUUGCUGGUUCAGAACGAAGCAUGAGGACACAAAAUGAAGGUGAAAGGUUAAGAGAGGCUGGGAAUAUUAAUACUUCUUUAUUGACUCUUGGAAAAUGUAUAAAUGUUCUGAAGAACAGUGAAAAGUCAAAGUAUCAACAGCAUGUGCCUUUCCGGGAAAGUAAAUUGACCCACUAUUUUCAAAGCUUUUUCAAUGGUAAAGGGAAAAUAUGUAUGAUUGUCAAUGUCAGUCAGUGUUGUUUUGCCUAUGAUGAAACGCUCAAUGUAUUGAAGUUCUCAGCCAUUGCACAAAAGGUUUAUGUCCCAGAUAUUUUAAAUUCUUCUCAAGAAAAAUCUUUUGAACUCAUCAAAUCUUCUCAAGAUGUAUCACUAGAUAAUACUUUGGAUAAUAAAAUGUUAAAUAUAAAAAGAACCACUGUUGCAUGGGAAAAUAGUCUGGAAGAUCUGGUUGAAGAUGAAGAUUUGGUUGAGGAUUUAGAUAAAACUGAAGAAACACAAAAUAUGGAAACUGGUCUUAGUGAUGAAGGUGUGGAUAAAACAUUAGAGGAAUGUAAGGUGUUCAAAAGCCAUGAACACAGGAAACUGUUGGAUUUAAUAGAAGACUUGAAAAAAAGACUAAUAAAUGAAAAAAAAGAAAAGUUAACUUUGGAAUUUAAAAUUCGAGAGGAAGUUACCCAGGAGUUUACUCAAUUUUGGGCUCAACGGGAAGCUGAUUUUAAGGAAACACUUCUUCAGGAACGAGAGAUACUAGAAGAAAAUGCUGAGUGUCGUUUGGCAAUCUUCAAGGAUUUGAUUGGAAUAUGUGACACCCAAGAUGAACCAACAGAUAGAAUUUGUGCCAUGAAAGUUGAAACUGAAGAAGCACGUAAUUAUGUAGGAUUUGAAGAUAUUAUUGAUUCUCUUCAAGAUGAUGUCACUGAUAUUAAGAAACAGGCUGAACUUGCUCACUUACACAUUGCAUCUCUUGCUGAUUCCCAGGAAGCUAUUGCUUGUUUGCAACUAAAGUAUAACCAAGUUAAAGCUGAGUUAGCUAAAACUAAGGAAGAAUUAAUUAAAGCCCAAGAAGAAUUAAAAAAAAGAGGAAGUGAAUCUGAUUCAUUGGUUCAAGAAUUCAAGGCAUCUAGUAAGGCUCAUACAGCCUUAAUCAACAGUAAAUCAGCUUGUAAUGAAGCCAUUGAAAUACCUAGGAACAGCAGACCUGAAACCUGUUCAGAAAGAAAAAGAUUAAAUGAAGAUGAACCUGAAGAUGAACCCCCAAUAAAGAAAGGACUUACUAAUCCACUUACCACCAAAGAACAAAAGAAAAGUGAAGAAAUGCAAGAGACCAUUUCAGAAGAUGGGGAAGACAUUAGAAUUUUACAAGAAAAUAAUGAAGAGCUAAAAACACUUUUACUUAGUGCAGAGAAUGAACUCAAAAGUGAGAAGAAGGUAAAAGCAGAAUUAAAUAAACAGGUUGUUAGUUUACAGCAGGAACUUUGCUGUUUUGAGGAAAAGAAUUCAGCUCUAAAUAUAGAGGUCCAACAAAUCCAGUCAAAUUAUGACCGUGCAAUUGCUGAUUUACAUGUGCAGAAAGGUGUAAAUCAAGAACAGGAGGAAAAGAUCAUGAAAUUGUCCAAGGAAAUAGAAACUGCUACAAGAAGAAUCACGAACAGUGUUGCACAAAUCAAAUUAAUGCAAACAAAAAUAGAUGAACUACGUUCACUUGAUUCAGUUUCUCAGAUCUCAAACAUUGAUUCUCUCAGUCUCCAGGACCUAUCAAAUGGUUCUAAGGAGGCUAAUGUGCUGGAUCCACCACUACAAGUUUCAUAUAAUAAUUUGAUGUCAAGUGAUGGGGUUGAAGACUAUCAUAUUCAGAAACUCAAUAGGGAAAGCUAUUUCUAUUCUAGUAUUGAAGCCAUUUGGGAAGAAUGUAAGGAGAUUGUGAAGGCCUCAUCCAGAAAAACUCACCAAAUUCAGGAACUGGAACAGCAAAUUGAAAAAUUACAGGUGGAACUAAAAGACUAUCAGGAUGAAAACAGUGAACUAAAAGUAAAGGAGAGAGAAGGUGAGAAGAAAGAUGACCAACUAAAAGAAAGAGAAAGUCUCAUACAGCAGCUAAAAGAGGAACUGCAAGAAAAAAACAAUAGUCUUGAAGUUCAAGUACAACUUGUAGUUGAAGGAAAGCAAGCUCUUUCAGAACUUACCCAAGGUAUUACUAGCUAUAAGGAAAAAAUAAAGGAACUUGAAAUGACGUUAGAGACUCAGAAAGAUGAUUGUAAGCACUUAACCAAAUUAGAGCAAGACAUUUUAGAAAAGGAAUCUAUUAUCUUAAAACUAGAAGAAAGCCUGAAGGAAUUUCAAGCAAAUUACCAGGAUCACAUAAAAAACACCAGAGAUUUAAAUGAACAGGAAAUCAAAUUGAAAGAAGAAAUCACACAGUUGUCAAAUAAUUUGGGAAAUAUGAAACAUUUACUUCAGUUAAAGGAAGAAGAAAAAGAAGCCAACAGACAAGAAACAGAAAAAUUGAAAGAGGAGCUCUCUACAAGCUCUGUUGUUAUUCAGAAUCUCAAAGUAGAUCUUAAGAGGAAGGAAGAAGAUUAUGCUGAGCUGAAAGAGAAACUUGCUGAUGCCAAAAAGCAGAUCGAGCAGGUACAGAAAGAGGUAUCUAUAAUGCGUGAUGAAGAAAAAUUACUGAGGAUUAAAAUUAAUGAACUAGAGAAAAAGAAAAACCAAUGUUCUCAGGAAAUAGAUAUGAAACAGCGAACCAUCCAGCAACUCAAGGAGCAGUUAAGUAAUCAGAAAAUGGAUGAAGCCAUACAGCAGUAUGAGAAAGUGUGCAAAGAUCUAAAUGCUAAAGAGAAGAUGAUUAAAGAUAUGCGAUUGGCAUUAGAAGAGCAAGAACAAACUCAAGUAGAGCAAGACCAGAUGCUUGAGGCCAAACUAGAGGAGGCUGAAUGGCUAGCUGCAGAACUGGAAAAAUGGAAGGAAAAAUACAAAGAUCUGGAGACUAGGAAUAAUCACAGGUCAAAUAAAGAAUCCGUGGAUGCCACAGAACUACUCAGUGAGAAGUUUAGUAAGCUUCAAGAUGAAUUACAGGAAUCUGAAGAGAAAUAUGAAGCUGAUAGAAGGAAGUGGUUAGAAGAGAAAACGGUGCUUAUCACUCAAGCAAAAGAAGCUGAGCAUCUACGAAACAGAGAGAUGAAGAAAUACGCAGAAGACAGGGAACGUUGCUUAAAGCAGCAGAGUGAAGUGGAAAUACUGACAGCGCAGCUGGCAGAGAAAGAUGGUUACCUUCAGAAGUGGAGAGAAGAACGGGACCUUCUAGUUACAGCUUUAGAAACACAGAUGACAGCACUGAUCUCUAGUAACAAGCAGAAAGAUAAUGAAAUUGAACGAUUACAAACCAUCACAGCACAACUUUCUGAAACACAAAACCAAACUGAGAAUCAUAAUCCUAGACACAGUGAUUCAAGUGGUCCUGAUAGAGAUGAAGCUGAACCUCAAGCAACAAGUUUUGAAAUUUCCAGUAAUCCAGUGGAGGAUGCAUCUUUAGUUCUCGACUCUUGUGAAGUAUCAAUAGAAAAUGCGCAAUGUACUCGAUUUCCAAAACCUGAGUUAGAGAUUCAGUUUACACCUUUACAGCCAAACAGAAUGGCAGUGAAGCACCCCGGUUGUGACACACCACUCACCGUUAAGAUUUCCAAGGCUCGGAAGAGGAAGAGUAAUGAAGCAGAGGAGGACUUGGUGAAAUGUGAAAAUAAGAAUUCUACAUCCAGAAAUAAGUUGAAGUUCCCUGCUUCAGAGCAUAGAAAUUCCUCUGUCAAAAAGGAACAAAAGGUUUCCAUGUAUCCGUCAUCUAAGAAAACAUAUUCUUUACGGAGCCAGGCACCUGCAAUUAGUGUAAAUGCAGCCUCUAAAAAAAAGGAAGGGACACUACAGAAAUUUGGAGACUUCUUGCAACAUUCUCCAACAAUUCUUCAAUCAAAAGCAAAGAAGAUAAUCAAAACAAUGAGCUCCUCGAAGUCCUCAGCUGUAGAAGCAAGUAAAGAUGUGUCUCAGCCCAAAAAAGCCAAACGCAAAUUAUACAGAAAUGAAAUUUCAUCUCCCAUUGACAUAUCUGGCCAAGUGAUUUUAAUGGAACCUAAAGUAAAAGAAAGUGAUCAUCAGAUUCUCAAACGAAGACUUCGAACAAGAACAGCCAAGUAAAUUGCUUUUGGACAAUGCUUUAGUGUAAACUUUAUAUUCAUAAUCAUUGUAACUUGUAUCUUGACUUUUUAAAGACAAUUAUAUAUAUUAUGAUGCAUUAAAUAUCUCUGUAUAGCUUGCUGUUUUAUAUGUAGUAUAAUUUUAAUUCAAUAAAUAAAUCAAGA